UACCAAUCCUUGAGUUCGACGAUGUGGCCUUAGCUCAAAGUAUGGCUAUUCUUCGCUUCUUGCCAAGAGAACAUGGUUUCAUGCCUGAAACUAGUCUGGAAAUUGCAUUGGCUGAUGGCAUUGUUGAUCAAAUACAAGAUUGUGUCUUAAAAGUUAUUAAAAUGUGGUUUACUAAAAGUCCUGAAAAGGAAAAAGUAAAGCAAGACCUGAAUGAUAAUUAUUUCCCCAAAAAUCUGUCAUAUUUUGAAAAGAUGUUUCAAAAAAAUUGCAAAGGGCAAACAUAUUUCUUUGGAGAGAAGGUGACAUAUGCUGACAUUAACUUUUUUUGUUUUGUUAAUGGUUUUAUUCUUUCUGGUCAACUGGAAGUUCCACCAAUACUUGCCAAUUAUCCAGGUCUAACAAAGACUUAUACUGCAAUGUUGAAUGAACCAAAACUUCAAAAUUACCUCAAGAAUAGGCCCAAGACUGAUGGACGUUGAUUGAUGUCACAUAUUGUAGAUGUAGAUCGUUCAGGUUAGUAGAGUGCUGAGAAGGACUGCUUUUGUUGUUGUUGACUGACGUUUCGACAACCUUAGCAGUAGUCAUCUUCAGAGUCAAAAUGACUCUUUUGAGGACUCUACUAAUUUGGACGAUCUACAUCUACAAAUAUGUAGCAAUACUUCCAGGCUCAAACCAUUUACUUUGUUGAUUGAUGUUUUGCAUUGAAAUUUUUGACACAGUAAUCUAACAUAUCUAACAUAACAGGAUAUAC